CGCAAUGGUAGCUAGUGCCACGAACGUAGUACAUCUCUAGUUAUAACGAUCGUUGGCUCAAGUUAUUACUAGCAAGUACACCAAACCUACAUCGAUAUCAGAUGGCCGAGCAGGGGAACAAGACGACGAGCUGGUGGAGGAGGUUCCGGUGGCUAUACGCGGUGCGGUGCACCUUAGCGUGCGUGGUCACCCUGGUGGCCGUGGCAGUGAUCGUCCGGGCGGUGGUGGUGAUGCUCCGCCCCGAGAAGCUCCAGCUGAAGCUCGCCGCCGGCCGCGUAGCUGCCAACUACAUACCGUCGCUGCCACCCCCGGGCAACGAGGUGCGGCUCAAGUUCGUCCUCAGGGCCUACAACCCAAGCGGGCGCGCCACCCUCGAGUACGCCAACGUCACCGUCCGGCUCACGGACGCGUCGUCGUCAUCUUCUUCGGCGGAGGCGCCUACAGCGAGGAUCACCGAGUUCGACCUUCCGAAGCCCAUCGACGUGACGCAGCAGACAUUGAGCGAGGUGCUCGUGCCGUUGUCGCUGGUGCCGGAGGAGGAUCUACCGAUGCGGUACGUGCGCGCGCUCUACGAGGGGCGCGGCGUGGCCGGCGCGGAGAUGGAGCUGAGAGGGGUCUUGUCCACCCACGUGGCGAUGUCCACCACAAGUGUCCUCACCACGUACUACUGCUGGCCGGUGACCAUCGCCGUCGGCCCGGGCGACUACGCCGCCGCCGACGUGGCCUGCUUCGACAAGUUGGACGCCCCGGCUCAUGUGUGAUCGAUCAAGCGGCCGGGCUAGGCUACCUGUCGACCAAGCUAGCUAGCUAGCUACCUAGCUAGGUAUGGGUGUGGUACAUGCCUCUAGACUGUAGUAGGCUCGAUGAUCCGUGCACGUUUGAUGCGUUGCUAUGUUGAGUAUUUGCGCUGAAUUAACAUACCUUUUCUGAUUCUCUACCGUGUCGAUCGAGUUGUGA